AAAAGUCACGCGACAGUAGCCACUUGGUAAGAAUCCUGUAAAGAUGGCGGCGGCCCCUUCUGAUGAGACUAGCCUUCAGUCUCAAAUCAACAAGGCCACCAAUCCUCUCAAUAAGGAAACUGACUGGGACAAUAUCAAGGCAUUUUGUGAUAAACUCGACACUGAACCAGAUGGGCCUCAGCUUGCAACCAGACUUCUUGCCCACAAAAUCCAGUCUCCUCAGGAGUGGGAGGCGAUGCAAGCACUACUGGUGCUUGAGACGUGUAUGAAGAACUGUGGAAACAAGUUUCAUGGUGAAGUGGGAAAGUUUCGCUUUCUUAAUGAGCUCAUCAAGGUGGUCUCGCCUAAGUAUUUAGGAUCCCGGGCUCCAGAGCCGGUGAAGGCAAAGGUGUUGGAGAUGAUGUACAGCUGGACCGUGUGGUAUCCUGAUGAGGCAAAGAUAGCUGAAGCUUAUCAGAUGCUGAAGAAACAGGGCAUUGUAAAGCAAGAUCCUGUGCUUCCUGGUGACAAGCCACUCCCACCUCCUCCACCCAGAGCCAAAAUUGCCAUCUUUGAGGACGAGGAGAAAUCCAAGAUGCUGUCCCGCCUGUUGAAGAGCACCCACCCUGAUGAUUUAAGAGCAGCAAACAAGCUCAUCAAGGAAAUGGUUCAAGAAGACCAAAAGCGAGUGGAGAAAGUUUCCAAGCGAGUGAACGCCAUCCAGGAGGUGAAGGAGAGCGUGAGCUUGCUGAGCCAGCUGCUGGACGGCUACAGCAAGGAGAGCUGCUCCCAUAGCAACCAGGAGCUCGUUAGGGAUCUUUACCAGCGCUGUGAGAAGAUGAGACCUACGUUAUUCAGAUUAGCGAGCGACACAGAAGACAACGACGAAGCUCUAGCCGACAUCUUAGAGGCCAACGACAGCCUGACGCAGGUCAUCAAUCUGUACAGGCAGCUGGUUAAGGGUGAAGAGGUGUCAAAAGACGGAACGUCUCUCUCCUCUCAACAAGGUGGCAGCAGCUCAGCACUAUUAGACCUGACAGGACUCAACAUUUCAGAAAACACAGAACCUUCCAACCCGCAUGCUGCACCUCAGAGCCUGGGGUUGAGCCUAUUGGAUGAUGAACUCAUGUCUCUUGGAUUGAAUGUAUCAGAAAACUGUGACUCUAACAUCAUCUCUCAGCCCUUGAAUACUGCAGAGUCUUCUGCUCCGGCUGUAGCGCUGCAACCAGCUGUGGUGCAAACAUCACAGGCUACACCAGCAGGGGGCGGCACUGCUACGCCAAGAGCAAUGGAAGAGCUGGAUUUGCUGGGGAAAACAUUGUUGCAGCAGUCUCUACCUCCAGAGAGCCAGCAGGUGAAAUGGGAUAAACUCCAGCCUCACUCUAAGGUCCCGUUGCGAGAUCUCCAAGCAAAGUCUGGGGUGAGCUCCAGGCCUGCUGCGGGUCCGGGGCCGACGUCCGGCUUCCUCGUUCAGUCGGAGCAGCCUGAUGGCGUCCUCCACUCCAGUCUUGGCUUUGCAGACAAAAGCUCGUCAUCAUCUGUUGACCCCAACGACCACAUCUCAUUAGCAGAUGUCACAGUGCCUCUAGAGUCAAUCAAGCCUAGUAGAGUGUUACCGGUGACUGUAUUCGACAAACACAGCCUAAGGGUUUUGUUCACGUUUGCAUGCGACUGUCCUCCGUCGAGGCCCGACGUGUUGGUGGUCAUCAUCUCCAUGCUGUCCUCGGCACCCAUUCCCGUCACCAACAUCCGUUUCCAGGCAGCCGUUCCCAGAGUAAUGAAAGUAAAGCUGCAGCCUCCCUCCUGCACUGACCUGCCAGCCUUCAACCCCAUCCUCCCUCCAGCCGCUGUCACACAGAUCCUGCUGUUGGCCAACCCUCACAAGGAAAAAGUGCGUCUGCGCUACAAACUAACUUUCAACUUGGGGGAAAAAUCUCACGAUGAGUCCGGCGACGUGGACGAGUUCCCACCUCCUGACACCUGGGGCAACCUUUAGAGAGAGAGAGAGAGAGAGGGAGAGGACCUGGCCUCCUGUCGUCAGACCUGCACCAUCCUUUAUAUUUGGGUCGACGUUUUCCUUUCGGAGGGGGGAAAUAAAGACCAGAUUACAAUGAA